GGUCAACUUCAACGAGAGGAGGUUGACAUGGUUUUGGGAGCAUUGGCAACAGCAUAUGAUCGUAGUCAGAUCAUGGACUUUAGUUAUCCAUUCUUUUAUGAAUUUUUGAGUGUUCUAGUUAAAAAGCCGGAUAUUAUUGCAUCAAAGUGGAAGACGUUAAUAGAUCCAUUUAAGUGGGAAGUCCUAGUUUACAUUGGUAUAUCCUUACCAUUAAUGACAAUUCUUGUAUUUCUCAUUGAGAAGUACAAUCCAUUCUAUGACAUACCUGAACAUUCUGCAGAUCGGGACAGAAAUGGGGGUCUCCAUAGAUUGCAAAACUCAGUGUGGUACAUGUAUGGUGCUUUGCUAUGCCAAGGCGGCGUACAUUUACCGGACUCAACCGCUGGACGAACAUUAGUGAGUUCGUGGUGGCUGUUUUGUAUCAUAAUUGUUGGAAUAUAUUCAGGCAACCUUAUUGCUUAUCUUACAGUCACAAAAGAAAAACUUCCUUUCCAAACACUUGAUGGUUUGAUCAGAUCAAAAGGAACAUACAAAUGGGGGACCGUAGGCGAUUCUUAUUUUUCUACUGUGUUUCUGAAAGGUACUCAUCCGAAGUAUAAAGCAAUUGGAGAUGGAAUGAGGGAAUUUAAUAAAACAGAUCGAGAAGUUUUGAAUCCGUACACAAAUAUUCAUAUUAGAAAAGUAAAGAAAGGAAAAUACGCAUGGAUAGGCGAUAAGACUUCUAUUGAUAUAGCUAUGGGAAAGGAGUGCACACUGACAUCGAUCAAAGAAGAAUUUUUACCAUUAAAAUACAGUCUUGGUUUUGUGAAAGACUCACCCCAUACCAACAUUUUUUCUAAACAAAUCAUAAAGCUACACGAAAGUGGGUUAUUGCAGAUUUGGAAGAGGAAGUGGUGGCCAAAGGCGAAUUUCUGCACAGGAAAUACAGUUACAGAAGCCAAACCUAUAUCUCUGAUGGAUGUACAAAGUGCUUUCUAUGUGUGUGUGAUAGGGAUUUUCUUUGGGGCAAUGGCUUUCAUCAUAGAACUUAUAAUCUAUAAAUGCCGAACGUGGUGUAAAAAAUGAAAAAGACAUCAGCUGACAUUUUGAAAAUUUAUCCCUGUUAAAGGUGUUAACUCUCAAUAUAUUUAUAUCAAUAUGAACUAAUAUCAACUAGCUGGUAACAAUUAUUCUCUUUAGAUAUAUUUGUCAAGACCG